AUGCUCACUCUUCUUGAUCUACCAAUAGAAAUACGAUUCCAGAUCUACCGUGAACUCGAACUAGGUCGCCGAGAGCCAAUCUCAUUGGGUAAACAAUUUGCCGCUCUGGCAGCCUACGACUAUCCACCUCAACUUCUUCAGAUAAGCCACCAAGUCUGUCAAGAGGCUCGUAUGGCUUUCUCCGCAACCUCUAAACGUCCGUGGAAGAUCAACGUGAUCGCGAGCAUCGACGCGAAGCUGUCUUUACCAGAUGUUCUACCUGAUGGUUUGGCGCAGUCAGCCCACAUUCAAUUCAACUUCGAAUUCCCCCACGAACGCGGUCCGGUAGGCCUAGUCUAUAUUGGAUUCGGUAAAUUCAGGCCUGUCCAAAGCCAGCCAAGAAGGGAGACCCUCUUCCAGGCUGUCCAUCGAGUCGAGCGUGGCAUCGACGAAAUCUGUCGGAGGCUCGCGGAAGUCCCGGUCAAGCGCGACAUGGAAAUCUGCUGGUCUGAUGCCGGCGAUGUCGCCGAGUGGGAGACCAAAAAGACCGUUCUGCAACCUUUUUCUAGACUGCGAAAGUCAUGUUCAUUCCGCCUUGGCAAGGUUUUGGUUUGGGAGGGCGUCUCUCGUCAGGAGCUCGCUAGCUACUUGAAAAGUGUUACUACUCGCGUGCCAGAACUGACAGGAUCUAAGGAGCCGGUGGAGCCAAAGAUAAUCUCGAAAGAUUUAUGA